AUGUUUUGGAGAUCUGACGGGUGGGUCGCUGAUGGCAAGCAUGUGUACAUCACGGGUGGCAGCUCUGGCCUCGGCCUGGCCUUAGCAAAAGCCCUAACAGCUCAGGGUGCCCACGUCUCCAUCAUUGCCCGCAACAAGAACAAGCUGGCCGAUGCGCUGGCCGACAUCGAGAAACUUCGCACAUCCCCCUCUCAGAUCCUGCAGUCCUUCUCGCACUCGCUCUCGACCCCAGACGGAUCCCGCGCUGCGCUCCAUGACGCCAUCUCGACUCAUGGCGGUCUCGCACCCGAUGCGGUGUUCCUCUGCGCCGGAUCGUCGACGCCGAAGUUCUUUCUGGAGUAUACGGAUGCGGAGCUGAAGGAGGGGAUGGAAACCUCUUAUUGGGCUCAAGUAUGGACAGCACGCGCCGUCACAAAACUUAUGGUGCAGCAAUCCCGCACAGGCAAACUCGUCUUCAUCUCCUCGACACUAGGCCUAAUGACGCUCCCCGGCUACGGCUCCUACGUCCCCGCGAAACAUGCUCUGCGCGGCCUCGCCGACAUGCUAUCCGUCGAGCUCAUGCUCUACGACAUCGACGUCCACAUCUACUUCCCGCCCACCAUGUACACGCCCGGCUACGAGGUCGAAAACCUGACCAAGCCACGGCUGACUCUCGAUUUCGAAGCCGACGACACGCCGCUCACGCCAGAAGAGGCUGCGCGUAUUCUGUUAAAAGGUGUCAAGAACGGCCAGUUCCAGAUCACGGGUAACUUCAUCACGGAGUUGUUCCGCGCGUCGAGCCGCGGAGCAGCCCCCCGGCGGAACUGGCUCCUCGACGCCCUGUUCGACUUUAUUGCCUUCAUCGCGGUACCUUUCUGGAUAAUGCUCGUGGGCAGAAAAGUCCGCGGGCACCGCGCGGAACAUCUACGGUGGCUUCGAGAGAGAUCAAUCCUCGAGGCGUCUAGUACUAUUCAAGAAGAUUCAUCUUCGACGUCAUAA